GGGCUUGUGUGAGGUCUAGUGUGAGGUGCAGGGCCGUCGGUGCUGUGCCCCGCGCGCGACCAUGGACGACCUCGUGGUGGAGCCGGCCACCGACCGUUUCGGCUUCCUGGUCCCGGCUGGCACGCCGCUGCCGGCGGCAGAGCAGCGCGAGGCGCUCGUGCGAGAGAACCGGAGGCUCGUCAAAUGGGCGGCGAUGCGUGGCAGUGACGAGUACGCAGCGCUGAGCCCGGAGCGGCGCGGCUCGCUGAGCGCGGCGCGGGCGGCGCAGCUCGAGCGGCGCGUGUACAAGGGCGUGCCGGACGCGGUCCGAGGCCUCGUGUGGCAGGCGCUGGGCGGGUCGCAAGGCUGGGAGGGGCACCGGUACCACGAGCUGCGCACGCAGGCCCUCUCCGACAGCAGCGGGCUCGACCCAGCGGUGGUCGACCAGAUCGAGCUCGACCUCCACCGCACCUUUCCGACAAAUGUGCUCUGGCUGCCGCCCCGCCCGCCGGCGCCCGUGGACCGCGUCGUGGCGAGCCUCGAGGCGAUGGUGGAGGCCAGCGGCGGCGGAGGCGAGGGCGGCGGAGGCGGCGAGAGCGGAGGCGGCGAGAGCGGAGGCGGCGGCGAGAGCGGAGGCGGCGGCGAGAGCGGGAGCGGUUCCGGCGCGGCGGCGGCGGGCGGUCUCGCCACGGGCGACGCGUCUGCGGCGGUGGCGGCGGAGGGCGGGGCGUUGAGCGGGGCGGCGGACGUGGGUGCCGCGGGGGCGGCGGUCGAGGGGGAGGGGGAGGGGGAGGAGGACGAGGCGGAGGAGGAGAGCGAGCUGCUCGAGGAGCUGUCGGCGAGGAGCGACGCGUCGGGCGCGUCGGCCGUCUCCACCGCCACCUCCUCCGCCGUCUCGUCUGCCCCGAGCGGCGCUCUGUCUGACUUGUCGCUCGACCGGUACCCGGCGGGCACUCCUCCCGGCGUCGAGCGGCUGCGAGUGCUGCUGCGCAUGUACGCAGUCCUCGACCCGGAGGCGGCCUACUGCCAGUCGAUGAACUUCGUCUGCGGCACGCUGCUCAUGUACGCGCCUCCCGAGGUCGCCUUCCGUGUCUUUGCGCACCUGAUGGGCCCGCUCGGUUUCCGGCGUAUGUACUUGCCCGGCCUGCCGCUGCUCAUGGACUGCCUCGACGAACUCGGCGAGCAGUUGGCAAGGCAGCUCCCAAGGCUGGACCGCCACCUGCAGACGUUCGGGGUGGGGCCGUCCCUCUUCGCAACGCAGUGGUUCAUGACCUUCGGCCUCGACCAGUUCCCCUUCGGCAUGGCCCUCCGGCUGCUCGACCUGCUCUUCUACGAGCGGACAGUGAUGCCCCUCUUCCGCCUCGCGCUCGCGCUGCUCAAAAAGCGCCAGCGCGCCCUCCUCGCGAUCCGAGACUCGACCGAGAUGAUGACGGCGCUGCGCAGGCUGCCACUCUCCAUCAGCGACGACAAAAUCGAGGCCUUCUUCUCGCGCGACGUGGCGGCGCAGAAGCCAAAGCUCAGCCGGCCCCACAUCCUCUCGCCUCCGGCGGUCGCCGGCAACGGCGGCGCGGACCCCUUUCCCGCACAGGCCUGAUGCCCCGGGAGUGGGCUAGGCCGAGGGUUUGGCAGAGCGGACAGGGCGAGGGGGCGCGUCCCGCUGCGGCGAGCUGGCGAGAGGAGCGCGGGCCGGCGCGGCCGAGAUGCCACGGCGAACCUGCGGCCACGUCUCUGCGCGGAGCUUUGAAAGAGGUAGUGGUCUUGAGACCUGAGACGGCGCGGACGCAAAACCGAAACGCAAGACAGAAGGUAGCCGGAAGACGAUUUUUCUUGAUCUUGGGGUUGGCCUUGCCCUUGGGCACAGUACGUGCUUUACGACGGAC